AUGGCUUCGAUACCAGUUGUUGUCAGGCAUGGUGGCAAGAAGUACGAUCUCGAGCUCGAUACUUCUUUGCCAGGUGAAGUCUUCAAGACGCAGCUUUACUCCCUUACAGGCGUCGAACCCGAACGGCAAAAGGUCCUUAUCAAAGGCGGUCAGCUCAAGGAUGAUACGGACUUCCAGACCCUUAACCUUAAACCCGGCCACGCCUUCAUGAUGGUGGGUACACCUCUUGGUGCUGGUUUGGCCAAAGCACCGGGACCCAUCAAAUUUCUUGAGGAUAUGACCGAGAAGGACCUUGCAAAAGUCAAAGGAGCUAUACCAUCCGGUCUACAGAAUCUUGGUAAUACGUGUUACAUGAACUCAACUUUGCAAACCCUUCGAUCAGUCCCAGAACUACACGAGGAACUCGAGAGGUACCGUAGCGACGGUGGCAGCUCCAUCAGCCGUUCAAGUCUCUUUUCGAGUCUCUCCAGAGGAUCCAACUCCGACCUCACCGGAAGCCUACGCGAUCUUUUCCAGCAGAUGGGUGAUACUACCGAAGGUUUCCCUCCUUUGAAAUUCGUUAACUCCCUUCGGAUUGCGUUCCCUCAGUUCGAUCAGAAGGAUAGACAUGGGCACUACGCUCAACAGGAUGCGGAAGAAUGCUAUUCUCAGGUUCUCACCGCAUUGAGGCAAAAUCUCGCGGACACGAGCAGCCAAACCCCUUCUGAGUCAAAAUCUAGUCGCAAGUUCGUCGAUACGUACUUCGCCGGAAAGAUGAAGACUAUCACUAAAUGUGACGAAGAUAGCGAGGAAGCGGAGCAAGAAGGGGAGGAAACAUUUCUCAAGCUAAACUGCCAUAUUUCCGUUUCCAUAAACCAUUUGAAGGAUGGAAUAUUAGCUGGUCUAACAGAGAGCAUUGAGAAACGAAGUGAAAAACUUGGGCGAGAUGCGAUGUAUACCAAAACGUCCAAAGUCACUAGGCUACCUAAGUAUCUUACAUGUCAUUUCGUUCGCUUCUUUUGGAAAAAGGACAUCAACAAGAAAGCAAAGAUUAUGCGGAAGGUUACAUUCCCGUUCCAUCUCGACGCUACCGACUUCUGUACGGACGAGUUAAAGGAAAAGAUUAUUCCAGUACGAGAAAAACUCAGGGAGCUUCAUAGGAACGAAGAAGACCGCCGCAAACAGAGAAGAAAGGCUCGAACGAUAUUUGUCGAGCCAACAGCUGAAGAAAGAGGAGCAGCUGAUAAAAUGGAUAUCGAUAGCGAGAAGGCAACGGGUGACCCUACGCCCUCCAAGGCGGUCUCACUAGAGGAGGAGGAUUGGGACACGGCUCUCGCACCUCUCUUGGACGAUGAAAUAUCCGCAGAUGUCGGGGCGAACCAUUCUGGUCUUUAUGAGCUGCAAGCCAUAAUCACACAUCAGGGUGCUUCGGCCGAUUCAGGCCAUUACUGUGCUUACGUUCGUAAAUCGGACGAGGAUGAAGAGGAAGACGUAGACGGCAAGGGUAAAGGCAAGGCACCUGCAGGUGGUUUAGCAGGUGGAGGGGGCGCUGAGGGCAGCACAUGGUGGUUUUUCAACGACGAGAAGGUUACCGAAGUUGGCUGGGAUAGAAUAGAGACACUCGCAGGAGGAGGUGAGUCGCAUUCGGCACUGAUUCUGUUGUACAAAUCCUUGGACAUGACUCCUAGAUCAAAAAAGAGGACUUCUCCGUAG